AGUGGAUUCCGACAAGAAAGUAACCUCACGCGUUAUUACACAGCGCGUAAGUGAACGACGGAUGAUCCCCUUUUGUUUAAGAAACAGAGCCACCACCACCACCACCACAUCCUUGGACGAAAAAAUUAAAAAAAACAGCCGGAAAAUAAAAAUCACCGUCAACAUACAAAACAACAAGACGACUUCUCCGAUUAAUUUUAAUCGUUUAGUAGAUUCGAUUCGAUUUCGCACGUCUCCUACCGUUUCAAUGAACUGCUAGAUUCUGCCAACUUAAAUUCAUUUAGGUCAGGACAACAAUGGAAGCUCGUCCGGUUCAGAGAUCAGGUUCCAGGGAGCUAAGUAACCUAACUCGCACUUCUUCAAUUCCAUCUACACCAAACCCUUCUUCAGCAGCAGCAGCAGAAGUUGCUUUCAUGAGAUCAGAGAACAACAACAACAACACUCAGUUCAUGUCUAAGCCGUUAGGAGGACAAAACUACCAUUUGUUGGCCUCAAGUAACGGUGGAGCUGUUGGACAUAUAUGCUCUUCCUCAUCCUCUGGUUUCUCUACCAAUCUCCAUUACUCUUCUAUGGAGAAGCACUACGCAAGUAGCAGCAGUAAUGCCGCUGCUGCUGCUGCGUUGAGGGAUGAUAGUUCUUGGUGCAGUGAUUCACUGCAUGGAGGGUUUCUUGAUUUUCCUGAAAACCACCACCAGGCCAGCCAGAUUGAGGACGGUGGUGGCAUUGGCGCGGCGUUUGAUGACAUUCAGAAACGGAACGAUUGGCAUGAGUGGGCUGACCAUUUGAUCACCGAUGAAGAUCCUUUGCUAUCUACUAACUGGAACGAUCUCUUGCUUGAGACAAGCUCCCAAUCAGACUCAAAGGACCAGAAAACUCUGCAAGUUCAACCGCAACCGCAGAUUGUUCAGCAGCAGCAACCUUCUCCUUCUGUGUCUGUGGAGUUGCGGCCUGUCAGCACAACAUCUUCAAACAGUAAUAACGGAAAUGGCAAGGCACGUAUGCGUUGGACGCCAGAGCUUCACGAGGCGUUUGUUGAAGCUGUUAACAGUCUUGGUGGCAGUGAAAGAGCUACUCCUAAAGGUGUGCUUAAGAAAAUGAAAGUUGAAGGGUUGACUAUAUAUCAUGUCAAAAGCCAUCUGCAGAAAUAUAGGACGGCUAGAUAUAGGCCAGAACCAUCAGAAACUGGUUCGUCUGAGAAGAAGUUGACACCACUUGAACACAUAACAUCUCUUGACUUGAAAGGAGGGAUGGGUAUCACCGAGGCUCUGCGACUUCAGAUGGAAGUACAGAAGCAACUCCAUGAACAGCUCGAGAUUCAAAGAAACCUGCAACUCCGAAUAGAAGAACAAGGCAAGUACCUACAAAUGAUGUUCGAGAAACAAAACUCUGGUCUCAGCAAAGGCACAGCCUCAACGUCAGAUUCACCAUCCAAAUCCGAACAAGAAGACAAGAAAAUCUCUGAUUCAAAGGACCACCUCACACCAGAGGAAACCGGCAAAUGCAAAGAGCCAGAAUCUCCACAGCCAAAGCGCCACAAAACCGAUAACUGAGAGUUUAACAGAGCGGGAGACUUGAAGACUUCUCUCUCUCUACUGUUUAGCUAUUUUUCUGAUGGAAGACUCUCUCAACAAACAACAGAUCCUCAAAGAAGAAACCAAAAACAAAUAAGAGUUCGUUUGGGAGAAUCUUCAUCAUCAUUCGAAUGUAAUCUUAAAUGCAAUGCUUAACUCAUCAUUAGUUUACAGAUACAGAUUCUGUCUGAAUAUUUUCAGAAUAUUAAACUUAUAUCUGGCUUACAAUGACACUUGACCACAACC